CUAUGGACUAUAUCACUACAGGCUCUGGGCACGGCAGGAACUAACAGCAACGAAGUGAAUCUACUGGACACAACGACAAUCACAGGAGACUGGGGCUGGCUCACGUAUCCAUCGCAUGGGUGGGAUGCCAUUAAUGAGAUGGACGAGUACUUCAGUCCCAUCCACACGUACCAGGUCUGUAACGUGAUGAGUCCCAGCCAGAACAACUGGCUGAGGACGGGCUGGAUCUCUCGUGAGGGAGCCCGGAGGAUCUACAUCGAGGUCAAGUUCACCCUGAGAGACUGCAACAGCAUGCCUGGAGUACUGGGCACCUGCAAGGAAACCUUCAACCUGUACUACUACGAGUCUGACAGAGCAGUGGGCUCAGCCAUACGGGAGAACCAGUUCAUUAAGAUUGACACCAUCGCUGCUGAUGAGAGCUUCACAGGUGUGGACCUGGGAGUCCGCAGACUAAAACUCAACACUGAGGUGCGAGGCGUGGGCCCCCUGAACAAACGAGGCUUUUACCUGGCCUUCCAGGACAUAGGUGCCUGCAUCGCCCUCACCUCGGUGCGGGUGUACUAUAAACGCUGUGUGGGUGUGAGCCGCAACCUGGCCGUGUUCACCGAUGUGGUGACGGGUGCCGACUCGUCCUCUCUGGUGGAGGUCAGGGGUCAGUGUGUGGAUCAUGCUGAGGAGAGGGACACGCCCAAGAUGUACUGCAGCGCCGAGGGAGAGUGGCUGGUUCCCAUUGGGAGGUGUGUGUGCUCAGCUGGAUUCGAAGAGCACAGAGACUCCUGCGAGCCCUGUGAGGUGGGUUUCUAUAAGCCGGUGGCGGGCGAUGGCCUGUGUGGUAAAUGUCCUCAGCACAGCCACUCAGAGACCAGAGCCGCCCUCUCCUGCCCCUGCGACUCCAACUACUAUCGAGCGGCAGAUGACCCACCGGCAGCUCCAUGCUCCCGCCCUCCAACUGCUCCAGUAAAUGUCAUUUCCUCGGUCAAUGGGACGUCAGUGAAUUUAGAGUGGGAUCGCCCUCUGGAUACCGGAGGUCGCAGCGACCUGCAGUACAGCGUGUUGUGUCAGAAAUGCUCAGGGGAAGGAAGACCCUGCGAGGACUGUGCAUCCUCCCCGGUUCGAUUCGUCCCCCGCCAGGCUGGGUUGACAGAACCCUGGGUGACUGUCCUCAACCUGGUGGCACACACCAACUACUCCUUCCGCAUCCUGGCCAUGAACGCAGUGACGCACCUCAGCAACGAGCCAUCACUGUACGCCUUGGUCAACAUCACAACAAACCAGGCAGCGCCCUCUGAAGUAUUAGCCAUCCGCCAGGAGAACACCAGUCAGAACAGCGUGACUCUGCUGUGGCAUGAGCCCGACCAGCCCAACGGAGUAAUUCUGGAGUACGACAUCAAAUAUUAUGAGAAGGAUAAUGAAGAGCAGAGUUACUCCACUCUGAAGUCUAAAAAUACCAGCGCCCGAGUGUCAGGGCUGAAGCCGGGCACCAAGUACAUCUUCCAGGUCCGAGCCAGAACGUCAGCAGGCUGCGGACGCUUCAGCCAGAAUGUGGAGAUUCAGACUGGGAAAGCAGCUCCUCUGCGCUACAACACCAUGACCAUCAUAUGGAUCUGCAUGGCCCUGGUGUCCGGCCUGGUCACUUUUCUGGCCAUCAUCAUCUGCAGGAAACGACACUGUGGCUACAGCAAAGCCUUCCAGGACUCUGAUGAGGAGAAGAUGCAUUACCAGAACGGUCACGUGUCAUUCCCCGACGCGAGGUUCUAUAUCGACCCGCACACGUACGAGGACCCCUGCCAGGCGGUCCACGAGUUUGCCCGAGAAAUUGAAGCUUCCAGGAUCAAAAUAGAGAAAAUCAUUGGUUCAGGGGAAUUUGGGGAGGUGUGUUAUGGGCGUAUGAGGCUCCCAGGGAAGAGAGACAUCCCAGUGGCCCUGAAGACCCUGAAGGCAGGAUACACAGAGAAGCAGAAGAGGGACUUCUUGGCCGAAGCGUCCAUCAUGGCCCAGUUUGACCAUCCCAACGUCAUCCGCCUGGAGGGAGUGGUAACCCAGAGUAAACCGGUGAUGAUCAUCACAGAAUACAUGGAGAACGGCUCUCUGGACUCCUUCCUCAGGAGACACGAUGGCCAGUUUACCAUCAUCCAGCUGGUGGGGUUGCUGCGCGGCAUUGCAGCCGGUAUGACCUACCUGUCUGACCUGGGCUACAUCCACAGAGACCUGGCUGCCCGCAACAUCCUGGUCAACAGCAACCUGGUGUGUAAGGUGUCUGACUUUGGCCUGUCCCGAGUGCUGGAGGAUGAUCCCGAUGCUGCAUACACCACCAGUGGUGGGAAAAUCCCAAUCCGCUGGACAGCCCCAGAGGCUAUCGCUUACAGGAAGUUCUCCUCCUCCAGUGAUGUGUGGAGCUACGGCGUGGUCAUGUGGGAGGUGAUGUCAUACGGAGAGCGACCAUACUGGAACCUCACCAACAGAGAUGUGAUCAAAUCUGUGGAAGAGGGCUACAGGCUGCCUGCUCCUAUGGGCUGCCCUGCUGCUCUACACACACUCAUGCUGGACUGCUGGCAGAAGGAUCGCAACGAGAGGCCACGCUUCUGCCAGAUAGUCACUGUUCUCGACAAGCUAAUCCGCAACCCAGAGAACCUGAAGUCUAUGGACACGCUCUGCAGUUUAAACAGUCCUCCGCUGAUGGAGAGAGCUAUCCCAGACUUCAGUAGCUGUAACUCAGUAGACGAGUGGCUGGACACCAUAAAGAUGGGCCGUUACAAGGACCACUUUGCAGCAGGGGGGUACCACACUCUGGGUCAUGUCAUUGGCAUGAACCAAGGGGACAUCCAGAGGCUCGGGGUGACGCUGAUGGGCCACCAGAAGAAGAUCAUGACCAGCGUCCAGCUGAUGAGGGCACAGGUCCUCAACAAGAGUGUGCCAUCAGUGCACGUAUAACUCCAACGCUGAGGCUUCUUUCUGCUGAAAUCUAGAAACCCAGGCUUCGGUAAGGUCUAGAGGGACUCCAUGGGAAACAAGGUGAUCAGAUAAAAGGGAGGAGAAGAUGUUUGGGAACUUUACAAGACUUUUUCCUCAAGAGAUUGAUGAACAAAACUUGAAAGGUUUUAACUCUGGAGCAAGUAAACAUGACUUCUUAAGGACAAGUCUGACCUUUCAUUUUUUUCCUAUCUGAAUACAUUUUCUGAGUUUAAAUGUCUUGUUUCUAAAUGAAAAGACUGCCUUAAUCCACAUGUUAUUUUAAUUUUAUUGUAUACAAAGAGAAGAUAAUUUAUCAAUCAUGAAUUUAUCAGAGUAAUAUGAUUUACUGAACCCGGGCAAUAGCAAGAGUGCGUGGAGUGAUGUAUA